AUGGAUUUAGGCGAGGCAACAACGCGUUCAUCUGAAGCUGAUGAUGUGUUGGUAUCGAAUAUAAUCCGUACCACAUCUUAUCAUCGACGUGACUUUGACCUAGCGGUCAUCACGACAAAUCCUGAGGAUCAUAGGCUGGUACGCACUUCGCUGACUGAAGAUAUCCAUACUACUUAUUCUUGUUUGGGAAAACUUGAAAUCUUGCCGCUUGAGACUAUUCACCAGAUAUGCCUCCUUCUUGAUAUAUGGUCUUUGUUUCGAUUUCGCCAAGUCAAUCGCCGUGCCCGACAGGUCGUCAGUGCCAUUCGUUCUUACAAAGUGAUUGUCAACCAUGCUCUUGAGGCGCUGUGUAUCACUCUAAGGACCAAUAUCGCGACAUGGUUUCGACUCUCAGACUUGUUCGAUGUCCUAUGUACCAUAAAAUGUCACUUCUGUGGUGCCUUUGGCGGUUUUGUCUUUCUUCCGUCAUUUAGAAGGUGCUGUUUCUCCUGCAUUCAAGCAGAUGGUCUUCCUUGCGUCUUGGUUCUCUCCGAUGUUAAGCACCGCAUCAAGCAGCGUUUGGGACGCGUUUGCAGUCCGAUGCCUACAGUGAGGACUUUACCUGGGACAUACUCAAUGGAUGAGACGGUACGAAAAAGAAGGACUGAAAUCGUACUAAGCGAAUCGAUCAGCGCAAUCUACCUGAACGACGAGGUCGAUGAGACGCGAGUUAAACGCUCAAAGAAAACAGUGCUACUUCCUUAUAUGGUAACCACGUCCUUACCUUAUUUCGAUUAUAAAAGUGGCGUCGUUCAGAGAGGUAUCUCCUGUAGUGGCUGCCAGGUCGCUUUGGAGAAAGCUCUGAGGUCUUCAAGGGUCGGAUCCGGAGCCUGUGCGAUGAGGGACAAAGUAUACUCACAUGACGAGUUUUUAGAUCACUUCAAAGCCUGCCAAGAGGCUCAGAACAUCUGGAAGUCACGCAGAAGGGGUUCUGAUAACGCCAAUUUCUCUGAGUUCGUUAGACGUGGAGGCUACUUUAAGAGAAGGGAUGUGAUCAUGUCUUUCAAUACCUUCUGA